AUGGCCUUCCAGCAAUCCGCCGCACCUCGUCCCAUCGUCAUCAAUCAUGCUCAAUCACAAGAAUCAUCAUCAUCAUAUCAUUCACAGCAGCGGGCCACGGUAGAGGACUCGCAAGAAUGGAUCCUCUUCACUCCGUCCACUGCCGACUCCACCAUUACCCGAACCCAUACCACCCAGACAGCUGGCCUGUCCAGGGCGAGCGAUGUAUCAUUGAAUACGGCAGGGAGGUCAGGCAGGCUGGAGUCAUCUGUGUUUGAAGAGGAUGUCACAGAAGAUGGUGAGCUCGAUAGUUUGGACGACGGAUUACAUGCCUUCCGAGAACCACCGCUCUACCCCACCAUAUCCCAACAGACCCACGGCGCAGUCCUACCAACUCAUGAUGGACUGGGAACCUUUCCUGCUUCCAGCCCUCCUGUCCUUGAACAGUUAUGGCAACAUGAGGCUUUCAACUCCAAGAGGAAGCAUGAUGGCCAUCACCGCCGGCCUUCAAGUGUACAAAGAAGACUUGAUACCAUCGACGAGAUCGAGCAACAGGCGAGUGAAGAGAAACGGAUGCGGAUCGAGAGAUGGCGCAUGGAGCAAAGCCAGGCUCUGAUGGAUGAGGUAGAGCGAGAAACCCGACGACGAUUACGACGGGGUUCCCAGCAAUCCACCUAUCAGGACAGUCACGCCUCGAUCAACGAUGAUAUCCUUGGGUCAACACCUAGACAAAGUGAUUAUCUAUCGAAGCCUGAGGAAGACAGUGAAGAAUCCGAACCCUUCUGGAGAAGGAUCACGAGAAAGUUUAUCCGUGACGUUAUCGGUAUCGAUGAGCCAUUGCUAUCUGUCAUCUUUGGAGAGUCUCUCCCGGAAGAGGUUGAGAAUCUGCCAUCAUCGAGCAGGACUUUGCCUACCAUUCCCGAACAAAUGCCAGAUGUCACCAGCACCGAAGAUUAUACGUGGAGAGACAAACUCCUGCAACGAAUUGCACGAGAACUGGGUGUCUUCGUCCACCAAAUCUCGCCUCAUUCAGGACCCUUCACCACUUAUUCUCGCAGUCCUGACUAUGCCGGCAUGCCCGUGUCCGUGCCUCAACCCAAACCUCGAUUGGCCCCAAGUACUCGUCCAGAGUCUCAGAUCAAGGACACAAUGACAUCGGUCUUGACCCCCAACUUCCCGCCGACCGUUCAGGACCCUGCGCAUGCUGAGAUCUGGGGUUUCGAAGAAGAACCCGCGUCGACUUCGUCUCCACUUGACUCAACCACCAAUUUACAACGAGAACGAGAGUAUUGGGAACGAGAACUUGAUUUGAAGAUGGUGUUCAGGUAUCUGCGAGACAAGUUUGUCACGCGACCAACUACUCAGCCACCACCAGCAUCUCAACAAAGGGUGGAAGAUGCAGCUACCAGGGCCGCCAUCAUUCGUCAACAUCACCCCCUUGUUGCUAGGGCACAUCGAUCUCCAGUACGCUUACGACGAGAGUCACGAACAAGUGUGAGACGGCCUACCAGCAGCUGUGCGAGCGAAAGUGUCCGAAGUAGUCGAAGAGCUUCGAUGGUCAGAAGUGGUUCCAGCCGCAAUUAUUGGGAUAUUGGUGGAAGUGUCGGCAGUGGGAGUAUCUUGGCUAGUGGCGGCGGCUGGGGAGAGGUGUAA